AUGGAUCUGGGGCAAAUCAACCACAAGCAGAACCACAGUGCUGUACAAGAGUUUAUCUUGUUGGGAUACCAGGCAUACCCUGCGCUCCUCUUCACUGCCUUCCUGGCCACAUACACAGCCAUACUUCUGGGGAAUGGUCUGAUUGUGUUGGUGACAACAAUGGACCCUGCCUUACGUACCCCCAUGUACUUCUUCCUGCGGAGCCUGUCAGGACUAGAGAUGUGUUAUACUUCAGUCACCCUUCCUAAGAUGAUGGCCAAUCUGAUGUCUGGGGAUCGUUCCAUUUCCCUGCCAGGCUGUGCUACACAGAUGUUUUUCCUGCUCUUCCUGGGGGGAACGGAAUGCUUCCUGCUGGCAGUCAUGGCCUAUGACCGCUAUCUUGCCAUUUGCCUGCCCCUCCAUUAUAUGACAAUCAUGAGCCAGAGAGUGCGUGUGGGGAUGGUGGUGGGCUCAUUCGCAGUCAGCCUUCCUAUGCAACUGUUACAAAUUGGGAUUAUCUUUUCCUUGCCUUUCUGUGGAUCCAAUGAGAUCGACCAUUUCUUCUGUGACAUCCCACCAGUGCUCAGUCUUGCCUGUGCUGACCUUUAUACCAAUGAGUUGACUGUGUAUAUUGAAGAUAUCCUCUUUGUUAUAAUUCCCUUUCUUCUCAUUUUGGCUUCUUACGUACAAAUCAGCAAGGCCAUAUUGCGCAUGCCAUCAGCUACAGGACGCCAGAAGACCUUCUCUACAUGUUCUUCCCACCUGACUGUGGUCAUUCUCUUUUAUGGCUCCGGAAUGAUCGUGUACCUGCGUCCCAAGACCCCAGAAUCUGAGAAGGUUAACAAGUUGCUCUCCUUGCUAUACACAGUCAUCAUUCCCCUUUGCAACCCUCUUAUUUACACCCUGAGAAACCGGGAGGUAAAGGCUGCCUUUAGAAAACUAUUAAGAAGGAAAAAACCUUUGGCAACGGGCACAGGAAUGAUAGGCUGA